AUGGUGGGUAGAUGCACCAAGAGGCGCAAAUCAAGAAAGUCCGCCGUCGAAGCCUCGGAUGCAAGACCGGAAAAUCCUCCUGCCAAUUCUGCGGGUUGCCACUCACAUAAUCGAGACGAUACGACGCUCCCUGCAGCUGUUGAUGAGCCAAUCUUUUUCAGCAGUUGGACUCCGUCAGGAUGUGAUGAAAUCCUUUCCACAUUGACGACAGAGAGCAGUACAGCUAUAAAUCAGGACCUGUCCUUCGGUAGAUUUGAGGAGCUUGAAGCUCUUAUUAGCUACAGUCCUCAGAGUCAGCACACAGCCGGGGACGACGGUAUUACUGAACUACCGCCAUUGACCAGUAGUAGUAUUUCAUGCACCAAUGCGAUGGAGUCGACCAGGCCGACCUCCUUGCCACGAACAUGCCAGGUGGGGUACGAGGAGUUACACACGAUGCUGAGCAGAUCGGAUAGCAAGGCAGACAAUGCUCCGGAUAUCCUUCGUGUCUGUUUUGCCAAUAUUACAGCUCUCGAACUGCAGCUGAAGGAAGAGAUGCGCCCUAUCGAUGAACUUAUGCAAGCGGGUAAGGGCUGUGCCCGCGAGCUCCGUGCCACCAUAGAGCUCGACUCGUUCAAUCAGUGCUCUUCCUGUCCUAUGCUCAUUGUGACAGCGCUGGACCUCCUCAUUUCCCUGUACGAAGCCAUAUUCGUGAGAUUGGGUCGCAGGCGUGGCGGUGAUUAUGCACCGCCUGCACAGCCGGGCUAUGGGACGAACAGUAAAGGUGGUGCCGGGUUUUCCAGCCUGCGUCUCGGGAGCUUCCAGGCCGACCCGGAAGACGCUGCUGAUGUCUGGACACAUAUUAUGCUCGGCGAACUCCGGCGACUUUCGGAACUCGUCGACAAGGCGACUUCUCUCCGUCCGGACGUGGCGACCCCGGAUGAGAACCAUUCAAGAGCCAUGACAGCUCCUCGUAGUCUAUGUAAUAACCUCCAUCGGCGGAUUAACGCACUCACAACUGCCAUUCACGACCGUCUUUAG